AUGGUCCCCGCCGCCGGCGCGCUGCUCUGGGCCCUGCUGCUGAGUCUGGGGCCCCGGGCGGCGGGGGCCCACGGCCUGACUUCCACCGAGACGCAGCGGGCCAGUUUCCGCUUCGGGGUCCCCAUGUCCCGCCGGACCACCCUCCGGACCGGUGGUCCCAGCAGGAUGAAGGUAACAAUGGAGGUUGAGGAUGACGUCGCGGCCAGUGCCGACCGCCUGGCCGGCCCGGCUGCUGCGGAGCUCUUGGCCUCCACAGUGGCCACAGGCGUCAGGAAGUCGAUUGUGUCGUCGCUCGAGGAUGAUGAGUCUUUGGAAGAGGGGGUUGUGAUUAACGCCAGAAAGAAUAACAUCACUGCAGCGUCUCUCAGCAGGAAUUACAAUACAGCGGGGGUGCCCAGCUCAAGGUUUAAAGCAAAUACCCAGGAGCCUGAGAUCAGUAUGUCUUCAGACCUGCCGACCAAAACCUGGCAGCCUACUGGGGCCAUAAUGCACCCUGACAAUACCUUGAGCCAGUGGUCAACAGCAGGGUCCACCCCAAACCGGUGGGAACAGCCCUCGUACACGACCCUACCACCUCCGGAGGAUCUGCGGCUGGUGCUGAUGCCCUGGGGCCCGUGGCACUGCCACUGCAGCUCCGGCACCAUGAGUCGGACCCGGGCGGGGAAGCUGCAGGGCCUUUCUGGGCGCCUUCAUGUUGGGGCACUGAACCAGCUCCGCACAGAGCACCGGCCUUGUACCUACGAGAAAUGUCCCUGCAACCGGCUUCGGGAGGAGUGCCCUCUCGACUCCGGUCUCUGCUCUGACACCAGCUGUACCACUCAGACCGCCACCACCAGUACCACCACCACCACCACCACCACCACCACCACCACCACCACCACUCCCAUACCCCCCCUCAGCUCUAGAAUCAGACCCACCCCCUUCCUCUUCUUUGGCACCAGCCCCAGCCCCAGUCCAGCCCUUGCUUUUUGGAGACGGGUCAGGAUCGGGCUGGAGGAUAUUUGGAACAGUCUGUCUGCAGUGUUCACAGAGAUGCAACCAAUAGAGAGAAACCGCAGGUAAUGGCCACUUCAUCGGCAACAGAAGGUGUCAGCCUCUCAAACUUUCCAUCCCUUUCGAUCCCAGCACCCAUUGGAUAUUUUUAGUACAG